AUAAUAUCCAAAAAAAUUUGUUUUUAUUAAAGAUCUAUAUAAAUCUAAUAAAUAGAUGAAUAUGAAGAGCUUUAUAGCUUAUAUACUACUAUUAGCAAGCAUUUUAGCAUUUUGUUGUGCUGAGAAAGAAUAUCUUUUUGAAAAAACAUUUGAAGCACAUUAAGGUCCUACGAUAGGACUUGCAAUAUUCUCUGAAGAAAAAAGAAUCAUAACAGGAGGCAUUUUUGAUAAAAAAGUUAAAGUGUGGAAUGCAGACGACCAUACACUGAUUCAUACUUUUGAUGAUCACAAAGAUCAAAUUAGAGGAGUUGUAGCCUUAAAAAGUGGUGACAAAAGAUACAUUUUAAGCCAUGGAUUUGACAGUGUUAUUUAUAUAUGGGAUUUGUUUACCUUCGAGCUAGUUCAUAAAUUAGAUUCAAUAGGAAGAACAAUUAAAGUAUUUUAGUUUGAGGGAACUGAUUUUAUUGUCUCUCAAGAAGAAACUGUAUCUAAAGUUUGGAAUUUUGUUCAAGGAGGAGAACCUAUCAUUAAAAUAGACAGACCUCAUGAAAACGGUACUCGUCUGACAGCAGUUAUGACAUCAGAUCCAAUGCAAUUUGCAACUGUAGGAAAUGAUUAUAUUAGAGUUUGGGAUGCCAAAACCGGAAAAUAGGUAGCUUAGAUGAGAACAGCUGGGGCAUUAGUUUAUAGUUUAAUAUAUAUUAAACACCUUGAUCUACUUUUGACAGGUGACAAUGAAGGAUUCAUCUACUCUUGGUAUUGGAAGGUAGGCAGACCAUUUUAAAUUUACAAAGACUUCAGUGGAUUUUUCCCUUUAGAGUUAUUGGUAAUCCCUAAUAGCAACAUUUUGAUAGCAGCUGGGUUUGGAAAGAAAUAGAUCUUUUAUUUUGAUGUUACCAAAUAAAAUCAAAAACCUCUUUACCAAAAGCAAGGACACAUCAAUGAGAUUUGGAGAUUAGUUUAUUUAGAAGGUACUGGUUACUUUUAUAGUUCAUCAGCAGAUUAUUCAACUAAAAAAUGGACAAUUUGUAAAACAAAAUAUGAUUAUUACAAUCUUGAAACACAUACUUGCAUUGAAAAUUGUGUAGAAAAAGAUGAAAGUAGAUAGAUUUGCCUUUCAACAUAAAGUGGAGAAAAAGUUGAAGAAGAAAGCGAUGAAGUGGUUAUCAAGCUUCCUUUUAUGGAUGAUUUAAAUGAAGAGUUAUGAGUUUUUGCUUAUUUUACUUUUCAAAUUAAUAAUAAUUUGUAAAUAAAAUAUUUUGUAUUAGUCUUAAAUUAAAUUAAUAGUUAUUAAUAUUAUAAUU